AUGACGUCUCUACUUCGCGCGAUCAAGAUUCAGAACCACAGUUCCGACAAUACUGCACUUCUACCAAUGCGAGUCAACCCUCCUCGUGCUGAACCGGAUGCUGCCCAGCUGAAAGAGAAGCUUCCUUCUCUGAAUCUAAAGGGCGAUGUUUCCGCUGCGCAAAUCAGCGCGGAGAACGAAAAGUCUCCCAGUCCGCAAGAUGCGGAUGCAUUCUCUGUAGUCGCGAGCGGAGCCGAUUCAGGCUACGGGUCAACUGCUUCCACUCCCCAAGAAAACAAACACAAUUUCCUGGAUCGGACAUCGGUCCCUGUCUCUGUUCCUCAGGUCUUCGACAAGCCAAUUUCCGACGACCAACGGGAUCGUUUCUUCGACUUCAGAUAUCAAUACAACAACUCGCUCUGGAAAGCGAUAUCCAAGGGGAAUAAGAAACCGCACCCGGGUGAUAUUUCAAUGAAGUUGAAGUACAUGGGCUCUGACGAGGAGUCAGCCAAGCUUUUCAUCGUUAUACAGUGUGAGAAACGCGUUGCAAAGAGGGUGAGACACUUUUUUGCUCAGGAACACAUCCAACAAGAUCUGAAGCCCGAUUUCGAAGUCUAUAUCUUAGACAAGGGUGUAAUACGCCUGUCAACAGAGGACACGCUUGACGUCUCUGCCCAUCUUGACGGGAGAGUUACAGGAGAAAUCAUUGAAGUGUUUGGGCUCACAGCAAGUCAUCCAGUGGAAGAGGGCAAUGACCUUGGCCGGUGGGAUGACGAUGAUUUCGACUCGGAGGAGUUUACAGACACAGAUUCGAUAUCUGAGCUAAACGAGAGCGACGCAUACCCACAACCGAGCCACUCUCCGAAGUUAAAUGCGAUGACCUCGAUUGGUAAAGUCGCCCAUGAUUCCCUUCGCCUUUCCUCAACAACUUCAGCCAACCAUGACUGGGCUCUGAUCAAGUUGAACACUGCCGUUCUUCCCAACCUCGCCCCCGAUAGCCACCCGCCAAGCCUUUUUGGAAUCAAUCUGUUAGCCUCCAGAGUGCCGUUGCAACCACAGCAGAAGAUAGACGUGGUUGUUAUGACCAGCCACGGUCUCCAAAAGGGAUCUCUAGUGUCUAAUGGGUCAUCUAUCAUGAUGUUCCCAGGAAGGACCUUUUUGCAGACUCUAGAUCUCGUCCUGCGCUCCGACUCAGAGCUCCGUCCUGGAGAUUCGGGAUCAUGGGUGGUGAGCGAGACCACACACGAAGUAUACGGUCACGUCAUAUCUGUGGAUGCGCUUGGCGAGGCUCAUCUAGUCCCUUUAGAGAGCACAUUGUCUGAUAUUCGAGCACAGCUUGAUGUGGAUGAAGUCGCUCUCCCAACAAAGGCCGAUUUGGAACUGUCUUGGACCGAAACCCCAAAGAUCACAGGGGAUUCCGCUAUGCCCAUGGGCGACUAUGAGCUUGGCCAAGACCAUGAUAUAGCAGAGACCCGCCACAAAGUCGGCUUGCAUGGCCUCACCCAAGAAAAGCAACAGCCAGCUUGCACGAUACGAGAGAUUACGGACUCCUCAGACAGCGCCUUGUCAGUUCUGCAGCCCGUUCUUAGAGUUCCACUGCCUUUGAGCGCCCUCGCGGAGCAAUCCAGGCAAUUCGCCAAAAAACAGAACGAAGUCUAUCAUUUCAGAAAACUAUUAGACAGCCACGUGACAACUCGUGGGGAGCAGUCUACACCCACCCUACCAUCUUUGCACCCUAUGACAGAAGCCCUGUCAGGGAGCUCGAAAAAGAAAUGGAAAGCAACGAUUGAGCGGUCUAUAUCACCGACUGAAGGUGAGGCUUUCGAGAAGGAACAAGGUGCUGGAGACUCGUGAAAGGGUGAUGAACUGGGUGACCCCUCCGUCCGCGACUUCAUAUCCCCGUGUUUCGCCCUAUAGCCAGGUCGAUUCACCGCAUCAUCAGCAGAGCGUGCAUUCGUCUGCAAAACCUUCCAUCGAGCGUGACUCGGGUUAUUCAUCCAUGAAUAGCACGCCGGCGCCCAGGCCACUUUUGUCAACUGAUUCGCCAAGCAACCUCUUAGAAUGUUCCGGUUGACAUCUUGAGUGUCAGGUGGGUGUCUAACUACAGACCAGGGGGUUAAGGCCCAAUCUAUAGAUCAAUAGACGUUGGAUAGCCCUGAAGCAGUCCUUACCUGGAU